CCGUGGGCCGCUUCCUUGGCCCCCUGUUCCGCUUUCUCUCGCUUCUCUUUCUUUCCCCAGCCAUCACCACCGAGGCACGUCCAUUCUUUCACUUGUAUAUCUAUAAAGUCACUCGCUCUUCCUCGCCGCUGCAGUCGAAUAAUAUCACCUCGAUACUAGAAACCAGCAACUUCCAGCCAGACGCCGCCUGUGCUAGUCGUCGCCAGACAGCCCACACAAGUUCAGAACGAAAAACAACCAAAACUCGACAAAAUGAAGUUCUUCCUGCUCCCGCUUGCCUUCGCGGCCUCUCUGGCCGCCGCCCAGUCCUCUGCCUGCGGCGCCGACUACAUUUUGGAAGCAUGCCUGACCACCGAGAACGCCAAGUUCGCCGCCUGCUCCGAGGGUGACUGGGACUGCAAGUGCUCGUCGUACAACAACAUCAUGACCUGCUUCAACAACUGCCCCAACGACCUCCGCCGCGAGACCCAGCAGGGCCAGCAAAAGAUCUUCUGCGGCUACGCCUCCCAGUUCCCCUCCAAGACCGCUGGCGUCGCCAAGUCUUCUGCUGCCUCCGGUGGUGCCGCCGCCGCCACCACCACACCCGCCUCGGGCGCUUCCAACACCGCCUCUUCCACCACGGGCGCCGCCAGCCCGGCCAAGACCAACGGCGCCGCCACCGACCUGGCCAUGAACGCCGGCGGCGUCCUGGCGCUCGUCGCUGCCGUUGUUGCUGCUGCCAUGUAGGGGUCAGUGACCAAUUGCUUUUCAAAUCACAUACAACAACAAAAAACAUGAAAAGAACAACAGAUCGGACGGCGCGUUGUGGUGGUAUUUUUAUUUUAUUUUUAUGGGUAACGACUACUAGCUUUCUUCAGGGCAACCUGCCGAAAGUGGCGAUGUGUUUUCUGGGGGGAAAGGAUAUACCUAAUUUUGCUGUUUAAUCUUCAUGAGUAAGCGCCUCGGCGCACGAUCAAUACGAUACCACUUCACCCCCG